AUGGGAAUCCAUAUACCGUAUAUCACGUCCAAGGCAUCGCCGUCGAAUGACAGUGAUGGCGACAGUGUGGUGCUCAGCAACGACCACGAAUCGCCUAUGAAGUCAGUUAAACUGACGUCCGAGACGCAUGAAAUACAAAGAGCGCCCGCUAGCGACGAGGAAGACCGGAUCCAGAUCAAGCCUGUGAAUGACGAGGACGAUACCUCAGUCAUGAUUACGUUCAACCAGUCCAUUUCACCCUUUAUUAUCAUACUGACAUUUGUCGCGUCCAUAUCCGGAUUUCUGUUCGGUUACGACACAGGUUAUAUAUCCAGUGCUCUUAUCUCGAUCGGCACCGAUUUGGACAACAAGGUGCUGACUUAUGGUGAGAAAGAAAUUAUCACCGCGGCAACAUCUUUGGGGGCUCUAAUAACGAGUAUUUUUGCCGGUACUGCGGCUGACAUAUAUGGUAGAAAGCGCUGUCUGAUGGGUUCUAAUCUUAUGUUUGUCAUCGGGGCGGUCGUACAAGUCUCUGCACACACUUUUUGGCAGAUGGCCAUUGGUAGACUUGUCAUGGGGUUCGGUGUUGGUAUCGGCUCCUUGAUCUCGCCGCUUUUCAUCAGUGAAAUCGCUCCCAAGAUGAUCAGGGGGAGACUGACCGUUAUCAACUCUUUGUGGUUAACCGGUGGUCAACUGGUCGCUUAUGGUUGCGGUGCUGGCUUGAACUACGUCAACAACGGUUGGAGAAUACUUGUCGGGUUGUCUCUGGUUCCUACUGCCGUGCAGUUUACAUGCCUGUGCUUUUUGCCAGACACCCCAAGAUACUACGUCAUGAAGGGCGAUUUGAAGAAAGCCUCUGAGGUCUUACGGAGAAGUUACACCGAUACUUCGGAAGAAAUCAUUGAUCGGAAAGUGGAGGAGCUCGUCAAAUUGAACCAUUCCAUUCCUGGUAAAAACGUUCCAGAAAGAGUUUGGAAUACUAUCAAGGAGUUGCACACAGUACCAUCUAACCUUAGAGCCCUCGUCAUUGGUUGUGGGCUGCAGGCAAUCCAACAAUUUACUGGUUGGAACUCGCUGAUGUAUUUCUCCGGUACCAUUUUUGAAACGGUCGGUUUCAAAAACUCCUCCGCAGUUUCCAUUAUUGUUUCCGGUACUAACUUCAUUUUCACUUUGGUUGCCUUUUUCUGCAUCGAUAAAAUCGGCCGUAGAACCAUUCUGCUAAUCGGCCUGCCAGGCAUGACGAUGGCUUUGGUCGUAUGCGCCAUUGCAUUCCAUUACCUAGGUAUCAGUUUCGAUGGCACUAGCGCAGUUGUUGCCUCAGGAUUUUCCUCCUGGGGUAUUGUAAUUAUUAUCUUCAUUAUUGUGUUUGCUGCAUUCUAUGCCCUUGGUAUCGGUACUGUUCCAUGGCAACAAUCAGAAUUGUUUCCUCAAAACGUUAGAGGCGUCGGGACUUCGUAUGCGACCGCUACAAACUGGGCUGGUUCUCUAGUUAUUGCGUCUACGUUUUUAACUAUGUUACAGAACAUUACUCCAGCAGGUACCUUUGCCUUUUUCGCCGGACUUUCAUGCUUAUCAGUAGUUUUCUGUUAUUUCUGUUAUCCAGAAUUAUCAGGCCUGGAACUAGAAGAAGUACAAACUAUUCUGAAAGAUGGGUUCAACAUCAAAGCAUCGAAGGCAUUGGCCAAGAAGAGAAAACAACAAGUUGUCAGAGUUCAGCAAUUGAAAUAUGAACCAACUGAAGAAGUUAUAGAAGAUAUAUAA